UCAGUGUCAGUCUCCAGCCCAGGGCCCAGGGCCUAUAGGUUAAACCGCUUUAGCUGUCCAGUUCUCCUGGGAAGAGAGUGAGGAUUUCCGGUGGCAGGCUCAAGGCUGCGUACCCAAGGCUAGGGGCUAGGAGAAAGGGGUUAGAGGCUGGCGCUGGGUUGGGGGGCCAGACGCUGGGGUUAGAGGGCCGCAGCUGAGAGUGUGAGAGCUGAGAGGUUGGGGCUGCAGGGAUGGAGUUGCUGGAGGUCUUCAGGGUGAGGUUGGGAGGUGAGGGGAGGAAGAGACUGGGCGAUUGGGAAGGGACAGAAAAGUAGGGAUGGGGGAGGAGGUACGUGCUGAGAGGUGACAGCCCGGCAGUACCAGGCAGACUGGGGGCCCUAGAGCUAAGGCUGGUAGCCAGCCUGAAAGAGAGGGGAUGGAUCGGGAACCAGGAAAAGUAAAGAAAUGCUGCUCGAAAAGGCAGAGUGUAGGAGAGACCUGCCCGGUACACAGCGGCGUGGACUCCCAGGAAGACCAGGACCAGGACCGGAUUGCGGCGUUCGCUCUCCGCGCGCCUCCAGCCUCCCCGUGCGUCGCAUGCUGGCACCCCCGCCCACCGCGCCAGCUGCAGGUCAGACUCUUCAUCCUCGGUCAGCUCCGCACUGGCCACCUUAGCUGCGGAGCCCAGGGACUCCCGAGCCGCAAACACAUUGGGGAACUUGCUCCUCCAAGGGAAGGCUGGGCCGGAAAUUGGACCCUGCGCGCAGCCCAGAGGAGCGAAAACUUGUGGAAAUCGGACCUUGCCCUCGGAGUCCUGAGUCAAGGACACGAGUCCCCAAGCGGCACGGAAAACAGGUGGCAUUCAGCAAAUACGUCACGGCGACGACGGAUGCGGCCCUCCUCUUGGGGCGGCCACAAGGUGGAGCUACAGUGCAACCCUGCACCGCGCGCCCGGCCUCCGGACGCCCCCGAGGUGGCUGCUCUCCUGCGGGCCUCCCGCGAGCCUCCCGCGAGUCCUUCAUUGCCGCAGGAUUGAAGUUGACACUUCUGGGCCAGGCAUUCGGAGCUCUUCAAGGCCAAGCCUCUGCUCCCUACCACUCCCAUGAAUUGUCUCUCUCAGUUACAUUCAGCCACAUUUUAUUCCUGGAAACACCCUUUUUCAGACUUCUGGGCUUUACGUGUCCUCUUCCCUCUGAAGGAGUUCCUGUUCCCUGCUUUGUGCAUCUUAGAAGAAGACUUUCAUCCUCUCCUGUAUGAAUCCACUCCUGAUUCUCUUCCAGGCAGGAAAAUGUUUUUAUUGCUCUGGGUUUCCUGAAUCGUCUGCUGCCUAGGCUCUCUACUAGGUGGAAGUGACUUGAGAGCACAGACUAUGUUCUUAUUGCCUAGCACAGGACUGAGCAAAUGCUUAUCAACAGAAUGAACUCUGCCCUCUCUGAGUGUCCCUGCAGGUGGCUGCCUCUUUGCAGAGGCUGUCCUCACCUCUAG